UUCGGAUAAUAACAUCAGGGAAAGGUGGAAAAGAGGACAAGGCGGCGUUGCUUUGUUCUUAAAGAAAACCCUUAAAGUCCGAGAAAUACAAACAGCGUCUGAUCGAUUGGCAUCGGUAUCAUUUAAGAUUGAGAAUAUUAAUUUUGUUAUUUUAGCGGUAUAUUUGCUUUCAAGAAACAAUGAUCUUAAAGAAUACAUGAAAACUUUAGAUACUUUGGAACAGUUUUGCAUACGUCACAAGUCAUGCGGAACAAAGUUGUUACUGCUAGGUGAUUUUAAUGCACACAUUAAGGAAGAUAAGCUGAGCCAAGAUUGGAAUAACAGAGGCCAAAGAUUACAACCAUUUCUGAGUAAAAUGAACCUGGUCGCAGUUAAUUUGUCUCCAUGGUGCGAGAAGCCCCGGUUUACAUAUCUCUCAAAUACGGGAAACUCCAUUGUAGACUACAUUUUUGUCGGAAACGACAUAAUCGAGCAUGUUGACUUAGUGCAAGUACCCAUGCAAAAAGCACCCAGACAACAUAGCAUUUCAUUUACCAGUAACCAUUAG